AUGCCAUCGGCUCUUCCAUCCGGUAAAUCCCUCGACAAUCUGAUUGGUGCGAGGGCGACGGAACCAGAGCUUGUAUCACCAGCACCAGACACAAUGGCUGCGCGUCAGCAAUUAUCGCAGAUGGACCCAAGUCGGAAGAGGAAGAAGAAGUUCCAAUUGACUGACGAGGACAAAGUUCACACCGGAACUAUCUUGGUAAACGCAGCGUCAGACAAAGAUUUAAAUCUGGCGGGUAUAGACUCUGCAGCCCAUGACAGGAAUUUCCGGGAGGAAGAGACAAGGUUUGUAUUGGCGGAGCGUGUCAGAAUGUAUCGCACAUCUGGACAGCUGCAUUUCCAAGGUAGUGCACCGAAAGUUGACAAGAUACUUCUGAAGAGUUUGAUAAUCAUCCCCAUCGGGACAUCGAUGUACAUGUUGGUGCUCUGGCCGGUAGAACAUCCUGUCGUAGUGAACCGGCAAAUGCAAUCUGAGGAUCAUCUACCGAAUGUGUCAUGA